UAUUGUUUCUCUUCUACGUGACUUUACCGAAAGAACCAAGAAUAUACGUGUACAUAGUUUAGUGAUUAGCUUACCUGUCCUAUACGUUUCACUCAUACCUUGUUUUUGUAUUGUAACGUUCUGACCCGUCCUACUGGACAUUUGUUAAGCGGAGCUUCCUAGCGCACCGGAUUCCUCCAAUAUUAAUAGAUAUUCUGAUUAUGAAGUCGAUUCCGUAAAGCGAGUCUUACGUGAUAUGUGAAUAUCGGUGGAGGUUGCACGUUCCAGUGGAUCAGAAUAUCCGAUUUUAACGAUUCACCUGAUUGCAAUUCUGAAAGUCUGUAUACAAAUGAUGUGUACGACAGAAACCCCAACAGGAAAAUAUAUAAUGGCUGACGUUUCGGGCAAUGACCCGAAGCGUGGCCUAUUAUAUUUUUUACAUAUCAACAACAGUGUUAUUUCCGAAUCUGUUACGUUUUUUUUCUCACUGUGUAACAGCAGAUUGAUUAAAUUUCUUGAUAAUCCCCUCGUUUCAAAUAGUCGUUAGAUAAUUCACUUUUCUUAUUGGCCAUGUAAAGAUAUUGAAACCACUAAAGUUAUGCCACCUCAGAUGGUACCGAUAAAAUGUAUUGUCUGGCCUGGGCCCAGACACCGAAGGAAGGUUGGUUGGACGUUUUAUAUUCGUUUGACAUUUGCAACCAAAGCACUUAGCCGCACCAUUCCAACUGGAAUAGGAUAGAAUAGGUUGUGAACAUGAUACGGGUUGUAAAAAAUAUCUGAACGGUGCGUUUGACAAAGAUAGGUAAAAUUAGAAGAAAAACAUUCCAUAAAUUGUACUUUUCCUGAUUUACACCCAAAGUGCUUUCUUUUCUGACUACCAAUUAGAAAAUGACGAUCGCCUCAAAAAAGAACAGAAUCUGCAAAAAAACCCUCUAGACUCAGCAAAAAGACAUCAAUGGUACAGUUGCUUUCUGUGAAAGUCAGGCAGGAUGAGGGCGUGAGUGGCUUGGCGGUGUGGGUGGGAGGGAACCAAGGAUAUAUGUUUUUUAAAUCCUCCGCAUCCUGAGAAAUACACAACCCCCUCCAACAUUCCAGAUGUGUCAUGUGAUGGGUUUGCUCCAGCCAUAUUGUUCCUUGGGAGUUGUGCUUAAUGUGUGCAUUGACUUGUGUGUGCCUCAAGUAGCAGCUGGCAGGGCGCUGGUUUAAAGGUAACUGAGGAAAAAACAGGGGCAGCUGCCUUGUGCCAACAAGGGCCAAUUUGUGCCUUUGUCUUGUGCCGUUCAUGUGGAAGCAAUCAAUGCAAAAGCAACGUGCUACUGCCAUUUCUUCACUUCCCAAGAUUUCCUCAAGGUAAUUCGUCUCCAUAUUAGGCUCCAGAAAAGACAACACUUGCACGAAACUUUGCAAUUCUGAAGGUGACGGUUAAAUCAUCCAUUCGGUGUCACCUAACGAUCUGAAAUCCUGAUUGUAGGUAGACUCGGCUCAUCAUCCCUUCAAGCUUGACUCGUUUCAGUGCAAGUUCUGACACUGGCUGAAACUGGCACUUUGGGCAGCAGGUGACACCAUGAACACAGAGGGCAGUGUGGUGGUCACCUUCCGUGGAACUGAGAGAGAGGCCAGUGCUGUGAGAACUGGGGAGCACAACGAAGAUGGUCUGCGUGUGCAGUUAGAAGACACUGUGCAUGCAAAUAGAUGUUCGUCCACUGGCGGCAGGUUAUCUGACAGCCGUUGGAAGCAUGCAGUGGGGAGAGUGGUGCUUUCAUUUGGAUUCAGAAUCCUGGGCAUGGUGCUUAUUGUUGUGGACGUGGCACUGGUGAUCAUGAGUCUAUUCGUGAUGCUUCCCAAUGCCCUCGUGAUGCUUGAAGAUCUGUCCCUCUUCAUUGCCAUCUUUUUUGCAGUGGACGUGGGGCUGCACGUCUUUGUUGAGGGGUUCCACCAAUACUUCCAUGACUGGCUCAAUGUGCUGGACGCUGUCAUCGUGUUUGUCACUCUGCUCAUCGCUAUCGUGCACCUGGUGGUGUUUUCUUAUUUUACUGACAUUGUCAGGCUGGUGGUCAUCUUACGAGUCCUGCGACUCAUCAUCUUGGUUCGAGCUUUCCGGAUUUUGUCUCAGCGGAAGAAACUUGAGAAGGCUUCCCGUAAAAUGGUGUCAGAGAAUAAACGGCGAUACCAGAAAGACGGCUUUGAUUUGGACCUCACAUACGUGACUGACCGCGUCAUCGCAAUGUCUUUCCCUUCAUCCGGGAAGCAAGCUGUGUACCGCAAUCCCAUCCAGGAAGUUGCAAGAUUUCUCGAUAUGAAGCACGGGAAUCAUUAUAAAGUGUACAACUUAUGCAGUGAAAAGGGCUAUGAAGCUAAAUAUUUCCACAACCGAGUCGAAAGGGUUUGUGUGGACGACCAUAAUGUUCCAUCUUUGCCAGAGUUGCUCAGGUUUGCAGACAGUGUGCACCAGUGGAUGGACUCGGAUGAUGCAAAUGUUAUUGCCAUCCAUUGCAAAGGUGGCAAAGGCCGAACUGGGACAAUGGUCUGCACAUGGCUUGUUGACAGUGGACAAUUUCAAACAGCAGAGGAGAGCCUGAACUUCUUUGGAGAAAGGAGAACUGACAAAAGCGUCAGUUUGAAAUUUCAGGGUGUGGAAACGCCAUCCCAGAGUCGGUACGUUGGCUAUUUUGAGAAAAUCAAGCACAAAUGCAACAGACUCCUGCCUGCAGAAAAGUCACUGAUUAUCAAGUCCUUUAAAAUCCAUUCCAUCCAAGGAGUGGGGAAGAGCAACGGCAGUGACCUGACUGUGCAGGUGGUGGCGCGAGGUAUGGUUGUGUGUCAGGCCACAUGUGCCACACAAAGGGAGUGCAGGGUACUGCACGAUGCCGAGGAGAACAGUGUGCUUAUUGGCCUCCUGUCGUGUCCGCCGGUCUCAGGAGAUGUCAAAGUUCGCUUCCAGUCCAACGCUGGUAUUCCGAAGGGCUAUGACAACUGUGCUUUCUACUUUUGGUUCAACACAUCCUUCAUUGAAAACAACAAGCUCUACCUCAGCAGGGAUGAGUUGGACAAUCCACACAAGAAGAAAUCGUGGACAAUCUUCAAGGAUGACUUUGCUGUUGAAAUUUUCUUUACUGAUAACAAUUGAUGAGGUUCUAAUUGAGGUUGGGUGAAGAAAUACUUCUGGUUUAGAUAUCAUGUUUGAUUGUUUGACCAUACUUCACAUUCGUUAUGGCAGAUUUACAAAGGGCUGUACAAAAUAUGUUAUGGCUAAUGAUGAUUGAUACAAUGGCAUACAUAUCUAAUAUAUUACCAGAAUGCAUA